CACCACCAAUAAACAUCUCCUCAUCAUCCAACAAAAAUGCUACUCUCAACCUCUCGUGCAUUGCCGCAUACAUUGCGCGCAAUAACUCGAUCCCACACAAUUACAUUUUCCAAUAUACGACGCUCAGUCUCAACAUUAAAGGAAAAUCCUAAUAUUUACAUCCACCCACCCACCUCUUCCUCCCCCCAAUCCCACACCCUAACCCUCCUCCCCACCACUCCACCAACCACAUCCCUCUCCCUCGGCACCACCACCACCCUCCCCAUCACCCCUCAAUCCUUCACUCCCAACCCUCGAUUCCUCCCCUUCCUCUCCACCAUCCUCCAAAAAUACGCCCAUCUAGAUCCACAACUUCACUCGCAAGCCGCCGCCUUCGCCACCACCACGACACACUUCUCCCUCUCACCUCCAUCGUCCUAUCGUCAAAACAAAGGCGGAAAGUCCUCAAAAGGAAAAGAUUCCGGAGCGCCACCUAGUGCCAGUCAAGGCGGCGCCGGCUCCGGCGGCCACGGCGGCUACAUCCACCUCUCCGAUACCCGCGCACCCCCCGACUACGGCCGCAUCGCCUACCCAGAAGAUAUAUUCGGAUCUCUCGAAGUGGACGCGACCGGACAAUUCGUCGAAGGAGAUUCUGGGAAAGCGCCCGGAAAUUGGCAAGACUCGGGAACCUACCGGAUAGUCACCCGUGAGGGCAUCUUCGGAUUACCGGAUUUCUUGAGGGGGAAAUUGGUGGAGGCGUUGAAGGAGGAGGAGAAGAAGAUUAAUGGAAACUAAGUUGAAGGGGCUUAGAAGGAGUAGGGAAGUGAAAAAAGGCUUAGAAAGGAGGGAGUGAGAAUUAUAUUUGAAGAGGCGGUUAAGUUGGACUAUGAGAUUUCUCCAAAAUUGACGGGAAGGAAAAUAGACAAGGGUUUAUGAAUGAUGAAUUUGGUAUAUAUUGACGUGUGGAGGGAUGAAGAGAUGUGGAGAUAUGAAAGCACGACGAGAACUUUGAAAGGUUGAUCAUCAGGAUGGUUGGCGGUGACGAUGACGUGCGCCAGUAUGUAUAUUAUGUAUUACGAUUAUCACGCGACUCUACUCCAUAGACAUACUAUACUAUAAUGAGGAUCUAUCUGGGGAAGGGAAAUCCGGAGAAGUUGUGGGGUAAUACUACUGUAAGAUUAGAAAAUCCCCAGCUUUAGCCAAAGACAGGGUCGGGUGGAUAGGGAUGGGCACAGGCCAGCAUGUCAAAAAGUAUCAAAAGUAUCAAAAGUGCCGGAGAACAAAAUAAAUGUUA